AUGUCUAGUAAACGGUCGCGCACAGCCUUCGAGGCUGAUCUGCAAGCCCACCACUCCCCAUUUGCCUUCUACGGAACGCCUCUUCCCCCCUUGGAUGCCGGGGCUAGGGACGACGGUUCAUACGUACCGAUCUGGAAGCAGGAGGUCACAGAUGACCGGGGAAGGAAACGUCUACAUGGCGCCUUCACCGGUGGUUUCAGCGCCGGAUACUUCAACACGGUUGGCUCGAAAGAGGGAUGGACCCCUGCGACCUUUGUAUCCUCACGCCAGAAUCGAGCCAAGGAUGCGCAGAAGCGCUUCGAGCAGCGCCCGGAAGACUUCAUGGACGAGGAGGACAUUCGGGAGGCGGAGGAGGCAAGAAAUCUACAAACCAGCGAUGAGUUUGCUGGCUUUGGCUCGACAGCUGUCGAUGCCACUCGCCGGGGAGGGUUGAUGGAUCUUCUCAAGGCGGGCGGGGAAACUAUGGGGGUGAAGCUGCUAAAGAAAAUGGGCUGGCGAGAAGGCCAGGGAAUCGGUCCCAAGAUACGGCGCAAAGCCAAUCUCGGCGAUGGCGGCGCGCUCGGUGGACCGGAGGCCGACAAGACAUAUCUAUUCGCGCCGGAGGACUCACCCAUGAUCGCCUUUGUCCACAAGACAGAUCACAAGGGGCUUGGAUUCGAGGGCGAAACCCGUCUCGAUUCUCUUAAGGUCAAUCACGAUGGUUCUGACGAUGAUAACGCCGAUUCUUUCUUCGGUAGCCGGUUGGCCUCGCAGAAUCAACGCAAGUCGUCAAAGACAAAGGAGCAACCAAGACGCGGUGCGUUCGGCGUUGGUGUACUGAAUGACACUGGAUCGGACGACGAAGACCCGUAUGCUAUCGGUCCGCAAAUAUCUUACAAUCGGGUAAUUGGGGGCGACAAGCAGAAAAAAAAGAAGAAGAAGUCUACAGAGGAUUCCAAACCGGCGAUCGUGGCAUCGAAUCCUCUGUUGAAUAGCAAACCUGUAUUCAUAUCGAAGAAGACGAUCGCUGCGAAAUCUUCCACCGGAUUCCGCAAAUGCCAUGAUGGCCGUCUACCUUUAGACGGCUUCGUCCUGGCCGACGCAAUUUCCGGCCUCUCUAUAUCUACUCAGGAAAAACGAUACGCUCCUCCCGAGAUACCAAAGGACUGGAAAUCCUGCAAAACACCAUCCACAACGAGGGAUGCUUCCAACUAUGUCUCUACAUCUGAUGCAGCCAAAGCUUCUUCUCUCGACCCAACGUCCAGAGCGGCGUUAUUGGGCGAGGCGCAGCUACCGGGGAAGUCCAUUUUUGACUGGAUGACCCCCGAAGCUCGCGAACGCAUUAUGAAGCUUACGGGGAAAACCGACCUCCCGCCAGCGCUAGGGGAGAAAGCGCCGAAAGGAUAUGAGCUGUCAGAAUCCCAGAAACGUAAAGACUUGUGGGACUUGGUUCCCAAACUGGACAAGCAGCUCGCCGUUCAGGCCCUUACUCGUGCAGUCAGUGGCUGGAUGCCGUACUCGGAAGACCAAGGCAAACGUGCUCGUUACCGAACAUUCUUAGAAGUCCGGGCAGGACUCCGAGAUACUCUCCCAGACCGUGUACCAGGCUCGACGACUGAUGAAUGGGUCACGGAGCUCCACGAGUUCGCUCGCGCGGCCGAGGUCUUCAAACCGAUGUCCGGGGUCAUGGCAUCGCGAUUCACCUCAGCCUCGACGGGGCCAAAAGAGUCAUCCGACGCAUCCGACGCAGCGGAAUCGACAGAACCGCUUCUCAGAAAACCCAGCGCAAAGCCGGAAGAUCCCGCUAUGGCUGCUGCCAAGAUAGGCAUGUUUGGUCCAAUGACUCGAAGCGUCUCAAGUUUCUAUCCCGCGCGGUUGCUAUGCAAACGCCUGAAUGUCAAACCACCAGACCAUGUGCAGCUCGACCCAGGCGACCAGCCCGGGGCUUCGGAAGCUGCUGCCACUGCUGCUGGUAGUCGGUUCCAGAUUGCCGGGUAUCAGACGAUGUCCGGACCUAAGGAAUUGGUUUCGAGGGAUGUUAUGAACCAGCUCAUGCUGGAAGCCGGUGGACCACUCAAGAAUCGCAUGGACUCGGCGACAUCCGAACAAAUAAUAGAACCCGAAAUCCAAAAGCCGGUUGCGAUUGAGCCGGAGCGCAAUGACGCUUUGGAAGCAGAGCGACCUGGCGAGGCGGUCUUUAAGGCCAUCUUUGGCAACAUGUUUCGGAAGCGCAGCUUGGCUCAGCCGCCCAGUUCAGAAUUGAUGGAACAGCAUCGGCGAGGAUAUGCGACGAAGCAAGCAGUCGGCUGUGUCAAAUUUGAAUUGUUCGAGACGAUUAUCCUGGUUUCCCUGCAUGGCCACCUCGCUUGCCCCCGACUUUUCUUUGUCAAAACUGGUCGACUGCCCGUUCUUCUCUUUUUUUUUCUUUCUUCCCCUUCACAGCCAGAAGUCAGUCAUUUAUUAUUACUGUCCAACAUACCAAGCACCAACAACGACAACAACAAUAAUUCACUUGGUUUGAUCAGACCAGUCAAGCUCAUCAGGGUUUGGUUUCUUCUUUCUCACAUGGCACUUCUUUUCAUGCGCAUCAUGAUAUCUACUAUCCAUAAACCAUUGAUCUUACUCUGUUAUGCAUCCCACUAA